AAUUGGAAAUUUGGAAUGGUCGAGAAAAAGACGAUGCUACCAGCAGCUGAAAAUGGAGAGAAAAGCAUAGUAUUAAGGAAACUAUGUGCUCCUUGUCUUCAAAACUAUGAGUCAGUUGGUAGGUGGUUUGAGUCAUACGUCUCUCGAAGCCAAACAAGCGCACAUCUGCCAAUCUCAGAUCUCGACGAACAAUCUGAAGACAAUGAGGAUAUCUUAGAAAAGGAAAGAACUCCGAGUGAGAGCAGCUCAUCAAGUUCUGACAGCGAAGAUGAAAAAUAUCUACUCACAUUGGAUUCUAAAGAGUGGAAAGAUCAAGACCACUAUAAAAUCUUAGGGCUAAAGAGUAGACGUUACAGAGCAACAGAUGAUGAAAUAAAACGCGCAUAUAGGAAAAUGGUACUGAAACACCAUCCGGACAAGAAUAAAUCGAAGAAGACCGAGUCACAACUAAACGCUGUCCAAGAAUGCUUCACGUGCAUAACAACAGCUGGUGACAUCUUGAUGAAUAAGGCAAAAAGACGAGCAUAUGAUAGCAUUGAUCCUACUUUUGAUAAUUAUGUUCCACCAGUUAAUGCUAACUCCAAGAUCAAUUUUUAUCAAGUGUUUACUCCUGUCUUCCAAUCAAAUGCCAGAUGGUCCAGUAGGCAGCCUGUCCCAGACCUCGGAAAUGAGGAGUCGACAUUCGAAGAAGUUGACGACUUCUAUAAAUUCUGGUACGAUUUUGAAUCUUGGCGCGAGUUCUCCUACUUGGACGAAGAAGAAAAAGAAAAAGGCGAAAGUCGAGAGGAACGAAGAUGGAUGGAGAAGCAGAACAGGGCUAUGAGACAAAAGCGAAAGAAAGAAGAAACGACGAGAGUGAGAACUUUAGUUGACAAUUGUUAUGCAUGCGAUCCGCGAUUGAAGAAAUUUCGCCUUGAGGAAAAGGAAAGAAAACUGGCUGAGAAGAAAGCGAAGGAGGAUGCUGCAAGAUUGGCAGCAGAAGAGCAAGAAAAGAGAAGACAAGAGGCUGCUGAAGCCGAGAGAAUUUUACGUCAAAAAGAGGAGGAAGAAGCUAAAGAGAAAGCGCAGGCAGUAAAAAAGGAAAAAGACAAACUGAAGAAUGCUCUGAAAAAAGAAAAGAAAUCAAUUCGAAAUAUGUGCAAGGAGCAUAACUUUUUUUCGAAAGAUGAAAACGAUUUAGUCGAGAAAAUGCAACUGAUGGAAAAACUACUGGAAAGCCUUUCCUUGGACGAGUUACAGAUUAUCAGGCAGACAUUUGCACAGAAUGACAAAGAUACAAAGGAACGUGUAUUUGUGGACGAAAUCACGAAGUUGAAAGAAAAAUUAGCGCUUGAAGAUGAAAAAGCCGUACAAGCAGCUCAAGAAAAGAAGACACCCAAAGAGAAUGGAAACAAUAACAGUACCAGUUCCAUGUGGAGUGACGAUGAGCGCGAGCUGUUAAUCAAAGCAGUGAAAGUGUUUCCAGCGGGUACAAGUUCAAGAUGGGAAGUUAUCGCGGAAUAUAUCAAUAAUCAUUCCAAAGGAAAUGUUGUGAAGACUGCUAAACACGUAAUUAAGAAAGUGAAAGAGCUACAAAAAUUUGAUGUAACACAAAUCGAAAACACGAACAAGAACGCUUUUGCGAAAUUUGACAAGACUGUUGGCUCAUCGUCGCCUUCAGCUCAAGCAACUUUGAGUCCGACUAAAAGAGAUAAGCCUGGUGAAGGUGCAUCGACAUACCAGCCUGUUGUACCCGUUGAUAAACCUUGGAUAAGCGAAGAACAGAAGCUCUUGGAAAAUGCUCUUCGAAAAUAUCCGUCAAGUACUCCUGAAAGAUGGGAAAAGAUCGCGGCGGAGGUACCGGGACGAACUAAAAAGGAAUGUAUGAGAAGAUACAAGGAUCUUGUUGAAAUGGUUAAAGCUAAGAAAUCUGUUGCUGCUAAAUCAAGUAAACCAUCCUAGAGUUCUGAGUUUAUGUCUAUUCUAUGGUAAACAUGGCAAAAACUAGCGAUGACAUAUCACUUUCUUCCUCAUAUCGUGGUACAUCGUCACCAUAACAACCACACUACCGUGACGUCAUCUGCAGAAAUUUGAAAAUAAAAUAUGAAUUUUGUGAUUGACGAAAUGUCAUCCUCAAAUCUCUUCCGAAGAUUUGCAAAAUAUUGUGUCGUUUAAGCAUAAGUAUGAUGGGGGAAGCAUUCUUUGAACUAUUUGUCGUGUUUUGGUGGAGAAUUAUACUUGAAACAACGUAAAGAAGUCCUUUUUAGAAUUUGGACGUUUGGUAUUUUUUUUGUGGGUACUUGGUACCUGUCCAUUUGUAUGUUUUUCCAUUUUGUAAACGUUGAUAUUUUUGUGAUGCUUACGGAAAUAAGACGUGCACUAAAAUAAAAUUGUCCAAUAAAACACA